AUGGCACUUGGACUUGGAUUUUAUGGAAUUGCUGGUUAUAUGAUGGCAUUGGAAAUGAGUGAUUUGCAAUAUGCGAAAGAAAUUUAUUCAUGCGAAAAGACUUUUGAACGCAUAUUCUUAGGAGCUUUAUUUGGCCCAAAUGCUCCACAUUUUAUAGCAGGCUGGCGUAGUGACUUUCGUGAUCAGGAUGAAAAUAUACGCGCUAUGGUAUAUUUUCUACAUCAUGCCACAAACCUUUGUAUGAAACUGCCAGUAUGGAUAGCGAGAUUCGAACAGGAACGUAUGAUUAGUUUCAUUGAUAUUCCCAUAGAGUCCUGUGGUAAAUCAUCACCUUUACGCGUUGCCUUACAGGCCAGUGCGCCUGAUUUGCUGUUAAUAUUAUUAAGAUAUGGCGCCAAUCCUAACCCACCGGAUGGCGGAGCAUCCGUAGUUGUGUCAUUACUUGACAAACUGACAGAAAAUGGUCGCAAUUACGUAUUUCAGAAUGUGUCCUGCUUGCAAAUUUUAUUACGAAAUAUACCUAUGAUUGAGAUGCCUUACAAGCCAAUGGUCUACAAAGUCAGAAGAGAAAUGUUUUUUGAAAAAUAUGGCCGCCUUUUGAUGGACAAUCUUAUUCCAAAGGAGCAAGUAUAUGGUGUAAUGUCAUUGAGGCAUUUAUGUCGGUAAGUGUACAUUUAAAUAAAAUAGUAGUAUGCAUAAAAAAUGCCUAAUA